CCCACUUCAGCUUAUUGAAGCAUAACACUGCUGCAAAUGGACACAAAACAGCUUGCAAAAUAUGGUCGUCCUUAAAUUGAAGUAUUAUCCGACGAGUGGCAAGUGCCUGAACACUUCGUGACGCCAGGACCGGGUCAAGCCCGAGAGAUAUAUCCUUGCCUUCCCCAGCCGUUGGUUUGCGCAAUCCCCUCCACUUGUUGUUGAAGCGGCAGCAGGGAUUCUCGCGACUAGGCGGGGCAGCUGAGGAUAUAUUUCAGGAUCCAACGGUUGGUGAAGACAGACAGGGUUCCCCGUCUUCCAUCCACGCUCUUCCUCAGUCCCGUUGGCACUUCGUCCACACAGUCGAGGAAACAGUCAAGCCGCAAGGAGCAGCGAAUUGCCCGUUUGGACCUUGAACAACCACCCGACGCCACACGCAAAGCCGUUGGAACACCGUGAAAGCCACACCGCGGGCGCGCGUUGUGCCGGGAGAAGCAGGAACAGGCGUUAUCGGGAAGCGCGGAACACCCGGUUCGUGCCGAUAGUUAGGCGCUAGUCCAGGCCCGGAUUAGCGCUAUUGCGUGAUUCCGCACCAGCGAAAACCUUCCCCGCCGGGUUUUCUGCCGCAGGAAAAAUCCGUGUUGACUCAUGACGCCGGCGAGCUCAUAAACCACUCCACAGGUCGCUCAAUUGGUAAACUGACCUUGCAAUUCGACGUACAAUCACCAGCCAAGUAACUAUCAGUCGAGAGACCCCCUCUCUGGGACAUUGCUUCGUUAGGGCAGCGGGGAAAACGCUGGACGUAUUCAGCCUCCCUUGCUGGGUCCCGGCCACUCACUAGAUCGGUUCCUUUCACAUUUCACCCACGAUGAGCGAGCAUCCGCAGACCAACGGACAUAUCGAUGAUGGCCAGAUAACUCGUUUGACAAACGGUGUUCCUGGUUCUCCUCCAUCAGACUGGAUUGUGCAGAAAUUUGGAGGAACAAGCGUGGGCAAGUUUGCCCUGGAGAUAGUCGAUAAAGUCAUAAAGCCAAACAUCGAGGAUCAUCGUGUAGCCGUCGUCUGCUCCGCUCGGAGUAGCUCCUCCAAGGCCGACGGUACCACCAAUCGGUUAUUACGGGCCGCUCGGGAGGCGGAAAAUCCUAAGUCCUCUAACUACCUCUCUCUCAUCGAAGCCGUCAAGCAGGAGCACAUCGAUGUCGCCCGCGAAUAUGUACAAAACCCGGAUCUCAAGGCUGAAUUAAUAGCGCAAGUCGAGGCCGAAUGCCUUCGAAUCCUCAAGAUCCUCGAUGCCGCACAAACGCUCGGAGAGACCAGUAGUCGAUGCGUUGAUAUGGUCAUCAGUGCUGGCGAGAAAUUAAGUUGCCGGUUUAUGACCAUUUUGCUAAAGGAUCGCGGAGUAGAUGCCCAAUAUGUGGAUCUAUCAGACAUUAUCGACUUUGCUGCUGGAAUCCAGGCCUUGGACCAGGAUUUCUAUGAUCGCCUUGCCGAAUUGUUUGGUUGCAAAGUCCAAGAAUGCACGGCAAAGGUACCCGUGGUGACGGGAUAUUUUGGUGUUGUCCCCGGUGGGUUACUGGAUAAGAUUGGACGGGGCUACACUGAUUUAUGUGCCGCUCUUGUGGCGGUAGGAGUUCAUGCCGAGGAAUUACAGGUCUGGAAGGAAGUUGAUGGCAUAUUCACCGCCGAUCCUCGGAAGGUUCCUACAGCUCGAUUACUGUCUAUGAUCACUCCCGCUGAAGCCGCCGAGCUGACCUUCUAUGGCUCAGAGGUCAUCCACCCUUUCACAAUGGAGCAGGUUAUCCGUGCUAAGAUUCCCAUUCGGAUCAAAAACGUUAUGAAGCCCAAAGGAAGGGGCACUGUCAUAUUCCCUGACUCCACGUCUGAACUGGAGAAGACGGCACCAGGCCAUGACCCAAAGUUGUUCCGCACAAGGGGACCUCAGUUCUGGUCCCAGCAGCCCGGUCCUAAACGGCCGACGGCAGUAACGGCAAAGCAUAAGAUCCUUGUGAUUAAUGUGCAUUCCAAUAAAAGAUCUCUAUCGCAUGGGUUCUUUGCAGGUAUCUUUUCUGUUCUGGAUAAAUGGCGACUCUCGAUCGACUUGAUCUCCACCAGCGAAGUUCACGUAUCCCUUGCUCUCCACUCUGAAAUCCCACUGCUCAACGGAGUCGGGCAUGAUGAGUAUCAGAUAAUCGAUGAAGAUCUUCGAGGCGCUAUUCAAGAUCUCCGAAAAUAUGGGACUGUUGAUAUCAUCCCAGAAAUGGCAAUUCUCAGCCUUGUCGGCAAGCAGAUGAAAAACAUGGUGGGAGUAGCGGGGCGUAUGUUCACUGUGCUGGGAGAGCAUAAUGUGAAUAUCGAAAUGAUAUCACAAGGUGCCAGCGAAAUCAAUAUAUCCUGCGUGAUAGAAGAGAGAGAUGCCGAUCGUGCUAUCAACAUACUUCACACAAAUCUCUUUACCUUCCUCGACUAACCUACAGCCCGCUUCUCUCUCGCCACUUUAGCCACAUCCUCCCACCGGUUUCCUUGCUUUUUGAUACCCUUCAUAUAUUUUCAUGUUCUCCUGGAGAGCGAAAAAGAUAGGAAGACAACGGACAGCAGUCCCCCUCGUUCGCGUCAAAAGCUAGACUUUGACGAUCUCUGAAUGUAUCAUCCAGUCGGUUCCAUUCCAACAAUGGGCACUGGAGAAAUGCAUUUACAACAUAGGCGAAAAGCCCUCUUUUUCAUAUGUACCUGUCGUAGGCACCAGCCGCGAACCAACAAAGGUACGAAAAGUUUUUUUAACUUUUUUCUUGUUGCCUAGGCGUUGUCUAUCAGCCAUGGCUCUGAUUUACGUGAUACUCCAUAUAGAUUUGGAAAUUAAAUGCAUAUAUGCAUUGGAUGGAUAAUGGGAAGCAA